AACUUAAGCCCUCCAACGUACGAGCCGUGUGCCGCCAUGGCGAUGACUCAAAGUUGUUUGAUCAGAGGAUCGUGCUGGCGGGCGGCGGCUGUUUGAGAAACUUGAGCAGCUCGGAUCACCAAAGCAGCUUUAGACUUUAGAGCGUUCUUAGUAUCGUUUCAAGCUCGGCCGCGUACGCAUGCGCUUAGUUCCAGUUCGGCACGCAGUUAGUUCAGUGGAAGAGGAACUGAGAGUGGAUAAUAAGCAACAACAAUUAUAUCGAACUUAGCGCCUUGUAGGUCACUCCGGUAGUGCAGUAGUUGACCCCGUAUUUGUUGCGCGAACGUUGUUGGACAACGUGUAAAUUACACGCAUACCUGUCGAGUACACGGUUUCCGAUUGUCUAUGAGAGCGAUGUUAGGUGGCGAUUAUGGUUUGUGGGGUGCUAAUCAAAACAAUUAAUCAGUUCAUUAGGAUCGGAUCUGAUUUAUAACCGAUCAAUUUGUGAUGCCGUCCUGUCUCCAGGUUUCUUCUCUGUAAGUGAGUGACGAAAAAAUAGCACCGAUUUAGCAGUGUUUCAGUUAUGAACAAAAACAAAUGAAUGGAAUAAUGACUACAACAGAAACAAACACAUUCCCCUAACUGAUGGGCUGUGCGUGACGCGGGCAAGUGAAAUGAAAAGUGCUGUGCUCUGAACAAACUGCGAUUGUGUGUCCGAUUCAAGAGGGUGAUACCAAGCUAACCAAAGCGCGACCGUCGAUUACUUUGCACUGUAUAGAAGAAUAGAAGCACCGCGCCGCCGGGGCACGUACGCGAUUAGCAAAAAUGACGACACUUCUGAAGAACGUGACCAACAGUAUCUGGCAUGCGUUUCGCGCUCUGCAACAGGACUGCUCAGGAUUCGUUGGGAAGUCGAAAUUGAAGGUUCUCACAGCCAACAUCGCCACCCUACUGGAUCUGUACGGCGUGGAACGUGGACUCGAUCACUACCGGUCAACACCAACACUAAACUUCGAUCACUAUUUGUACUACCUCGGGCAGGAGGUUUUCUCAUCCAUAUCUAACGAGCUCCCGCUGUCGGCCGUGCGCAACUAUGAAGGCAAAAUUGAUGAGGUGUGCUGGUUAGUUUGCCACAAGGACUUCCAGCUGAAGGAUGCCUAUUUCACGGAGGAGGCCACUUACCAGUUGUUCAGAAUAUUCUGCAUGAUGGCCGACUUAUUCAACGAUGAGUUGGACGAUAACCUUUUCACGGUGAAAAUCCACCCCUCGGAAGCGUUGAUCGUCGUGAGGCAACUAUUGAACUCGCUCGGUUUGGACUACAACAAUGAGGAAAAGUAUGACUACUUGAAAAAGUGGGACGAUGGACUGGAAUUCGGCGAGUUCCUAGCGAUUUUGAGGUUCAAAGACUUCGACAAGCUGAACGACUACGUGGCGUCCAUCUGCGAAGCAAUCAGGGACAUCUACCAGACGUUGAUUAUGGAUGUGAUCAAGAAGGGUUAUCUGUACAGGAGGGGAUACGUGCUGCCGACCUUCCGGGAGUACUUCUUUGUGCUUCAGCCUUGCGAGUUGACGUACUACAAGCAUCACACGGAUCGGGAGGUAUGCGGGACGAUAGCGCUAGAUUCGAAGUUCAACGUCAAGCCGUGCAUAUCUUCCUCGGGUAAGACUGAGCGCAUUCCGAAGUUCACCCUAAUCUCGGGUGAUCGCGCAUACGAUUUGGGAACCCAGGAUCACAAGACACGGCUGCAGUGGAUAUCGGCGCUGCAGUUGGCCAUAACGUACUCAACCGGGCGGGAGGGUUUCCAGCGGGAUACGGUUAACCGGAGGAAACAGCAACGGGAGCUGGAUUUGAGAAAGCGCCAAGAAGAGGAACGUUUGCGCAGUAUUCACCUCAAACAGUUGGAAGACACCAACGUGCAGUUGGAGCAGGAGAAGCUGGCUCGUAUUGCGGCGGAAUCACAGGCACGGCAAUACCAAGCGGUCGCACGGGAGGACUCACGUAGGGUGGCUGAGCUGGAGGAUGUAAAGCUGUGCUUGGAGAGGAUGUUGGAGGAUGAAAUUCAAGCCAAACGGGACGAAGAGAUUGUGAGGGCACUCCAGGCACGAGUAUUAGCCGAGGAGUGGGAAAAGCGAGAAGAGUUAGAGCAGUUACAGUCAGACCAGAAAGCACUCCUGGAACUGGAACGGCAGAAGCGGAUUGAGUUUGAGCAUAUGCAACAGGAAAACGAAAAGCGAUUCAAGGAAGCAGAACAAAAACUACGGCAGUUGGAGGACGAAAGAAAGAAGCUGGAUCGAGAGCUGAACAUGGCCAGACAGAAGAUCAAGCUGUCCGAGGAUAAUAAAGGCAUAGUCGAGGCCAAACUACAGGCUAUAGCCCCGACGUAUCGCAAAGCUCCGGAUUUCAUGAUUCGCAGGACGCAGUCGUUUGUGGCGUCCGAUCGACCAGUGAUCGUGGCAGUCCCCCGUUAGCAUGUUGAGCUAUUUUGAAGCAUGCCAGUAACAAGAUCUUGUUUUAGUCAUUCGAGGACAGUCACGACGAGGGAUCGUUCUUUCUGUUGAAAUAAAUUAUUAGAUUAGUUGUAUAAGAAGUUCAGUAUUUUUAUUAUCGUUUGGUGCCGCCACUAACUCAUUAUUGUGAAGUAAUGUUUUAAGAUUAAGCUUUUUUUAUGAAAUAUA